GUUGCAGCAGUUGGAUAAACUCGGAAACAGCUCCAAUGUUCACAUGUGGAUGUUGCAACAGUGGAUCUGCCUAGAUACUAACUACCAUACCUACCUGGGCGGAAACUCCGAUGUUUCUGAUGCAGACUCGAUCCAAAUCUCACCUUUUCCCAUUCAAAUUCCCUUCUUCACUAUGACGAAUAGGACCUCUCACUCUCAUGCUUCUUCCUUAUUCAUCCCAAUUGUUAUAACCAAUGGAAAUUGCAUUUUCCCUUCACAAAUCCCAAACCCCUUUUCUGGGUUCUUCCUCUACCGGGAACCUUUCCUUUUGGGAGUGUUGUUUUGCCUCAAAGGUGAGAAAUUGGAGCAUCCCCUUUUCCCGGGUUUGUUGUUCCUCCAAGGAACAAAAGCUUAAACCCAAACCAAAGAAAGUUGAGUAUGUGGAAAGGCAAGUGGCAGUUUUGGAUGAUACCCAAAUCAGGAAAACGUCCUAUUCUGGGCUCUGUAGUCAAAUCGAGAAGUUGGUUUUGUGUAAUAGGUACUGGGAGGCAAUGGACUUGUUUGAAAUUUUGGAACUUGAUCAUGAUGGUUCUGAUGUGGGUGGUAGCACUUAUGAUGCUUUAGUGAGUGCUUGUGUCGGUUUGAGAUCGAUUAGAGGCGUUAAGAGGGUGUUCAAUUAUAUGAUUAAUAGUGGGUUUGAGCCUGAUUUGUAUGUGAUGAACAGGGUUUUGCUUAUGCAUGUGAAAUGUGGCCUCAUGCUUGAUGCACGCAAGCUGUUUGAUGAAAUGCCGGAGAAAGACGUGGCUUCAUGGAUGACCAUGAUUGGCGGACUUGUGGACUCGGGAAAAUUCUCUGAAGCUUUUGAGCUGUUUUUGUGUAUGUGGGAAGAGUUUAAUGAUGGAAGAUCUCGCACGUUCGCCACCAUGAUUCGGGCAUCGGCUGGAUUGGGUCUUAUUCACGUGGGAAGGCAAAUUCAUUCAUGUGCUUUGAAAAGAGGGGUCGGGGAUGGUAAUUUUGUGUCUUGUGCGCUGAUUGACAUGUACAGCAAGUGUGGUAGCAUUGAAGAUGCUCAUUGUGUAUUUGAUCAAAUGCCGGAGAAGACAACUGUGGCAUGGAAUUCCAUUAUUGCUAGCUAUGCACUUCAUGGUUAUAGUGAGGAAGCUCUUAGUUUAUACUAUGAAAUGCGUGAUAGUGCUGCUACAAUAGAUCAUUUUACUAUUUCGAUAGUGAUAAGAAUUUGCGCAAGAUUGGGAUCAUUAGAACAUGCAAAACAAGCUCAUGCUGCUUUGGUUCGUCAUGGUUAUGGCACAGAUAUUGUGGCAAACACAGCACUUGUUGACUUCUAUAGCAAAUGGGGUAGGAUGGAAGAUGCUCGACAUGUUUUCAACAGGAUGCAACGCAAGAAUGUUAUAUCGUGGAAUGCAUUGAUUGCCGGAUAUGGUAAUCACGGCCAAGGAGAAGAGGCUAUAGAAAUGUUUGAGCAGAUGCUUCAAGAAAGGACGAUUCCUAACCAUGUCACAUUCCUUGCUGUCUUAUCUGCUUGUAGCUAUUCAGGAUUAUCAGCACAAGGUUGGGAAAUUUUUUACUCUAUGAGUAGAGAUCACAAGGUUAAGCCCAGAGCAAUGCAUUAUGCAUGUAUGAUUGAACUAUUAGGUCGGGAGGGGUUACUAGAUGAGGCUUAUGCACUAAUAAAAAGUGUUCCUUUGAAACCAACAACAAAUAUGUGGGCAGCAUUGCUGAGGGCAUGCAGAAUGCACGAGAAUCUAGAACUGGGAAAGUUAGCAGCUGAAAAACUUUAUGCGAUGGAGCCUGAGAAGCUGUGUAAUUACAUAGUGCUUCUGAACCUGUACAACAGUUCUGGCAAAUUGAAGGAAGCUGCUGGUGUUUUGCAGACCUUAAAGAGGAAGGGUUUAAGAAUGCUUCCAGCAUGUAGCUGGAUCGAAGUCAAGAAACAGCCAUAUGCCUUCCUUUGUGGAGAUAAGUCUCACUCACAAACAAAGGAAAUAUAUCAAAAAGUGGACUACCUGAUGGUUGAGAUAUCUAGGCAUGGUUAUGCUGAGGAAAAUGAAACUUUGCUUCCUGAUGUGGAUGAAGAGGAACAGCGCAUGCUAAAAUACCAUAGUGAAAAACUGGCUAUAGCUUUUGGACUAAUCAACACUCCACAUUGGACACCUUUGCAAAUUACUCAGGGUCAUCGUUUGUGUGGUGAUUGCCACAGUGCAAUUAAACAUAUAGCCAGCGUUACAGGAAGGGAAAUUGUGGUAAGAGAUGCUAGUAGAUUUCACCAUUUUAGAAACGGUAGUUGUUCUUGUGGGGAUUAUUGGUGAUGACAAAAUUAUGUCAUUCUAGUCACUGACCUAUAAAGUGAGUAGAUUCUUGUUAGCGCACCUCCUCCUCUUGCUUCUUACUUUAGUAGCCCCAUUUUUUUUAUUAGGAUACAACUAUGAUACAUGUAAUUUAUAAUUUAUUCUGUGAUCCAUUAACACAAUAAAAGUCCUAUUUUCUUCUUGCA